CAAUGAUGCCAAAACAAGCAUAACCAGCAGUAACAUUGGCAGUCCGGAGAUGCUGCACGAGCGUGCACAAAGGCAACAGAGGGGAUAUGCCACCUGACUCGCCAUUUCAGGCUAUGUCGCGCGUCCUUCUUGGGUAUAAUAGGUAAACACCCGCGUUCUUCCCCGCAUCAACCCCAGCCUACGGACAGCUUCGCGUUGUCGGCAUCUUACUUCGCCGUGCCAUGCAAACUACAUCUUAAAUUUCGGAGCUGUAGCAGAGUAGACAUGCGUUCCGCAAGCGUAUCUGUUGCAGGAGCUUCCCAUACCAACUUGGCGCAAAAUCCAUUGUACAUUGAUGUCUUCUCAGACGCCAAGCAUGUCUACACUGCUGGAGACCUCGUACAUGGCGUUGUACGCAUCGCCCCUACAGCAAGACCGCAAAAUGUGAGCAUCGUCUUCAAGGGCAUCUCGAUCCUCUACGACAAAGACCUCGAGGGUUACAAGACCGAGUUCUUUCGUCUUGAACAGGAGCUAUUCACGGCCUCCGGUACCGGCGAGAACUACGAGAUCCUGCGACAGGGUACGGCUGAAGACGGGAAGGUCGAACUUGCCUUCCAAUUCACGUUCCCACAUGUAGCCGUACAGAGACCUCCACCGGGACGCAACUGGUACUAUUCCAAAGACUCCUAUGGCCAUCCUCGGUUCCAGCACUCCCCUGGUUUUCCGCUACCUCCGAGUUGCAACACUUUGAUGAACGUUGGUAUGGCAGUCGCACCAGGAGUAUCAUACUACCUAGAAGCAAGAGCAGACUCGUCGAUGAGGAUCCGACAAGAAGUGAAGUUCAUGCCGCCAGCACCCGAGUAUGACCUAUCACUACUACAACCAAACUUGGAUUUCGGCAAUUCCCUCCCGAAGCAACAAUGUCGCUACAAGUUCAUCCGAACACGAAAGUUGUUGCCAGACUACAGGGAGAAGAAAGGCAACAAGCUUAGCAAAGUGAAAGAUUUUCUGGUGGAGAAAGAGCUCUUCUUUGGCAUCGAAACCUUCAGCGAGAUACCCUUUUAUCGUUUCAAUAUCCUGGCAACACCUCCGCGUGUAAUAGUCAUGGGCUCAGACUUUCCCAUACAUAUUACACUGCAACACCUUGACCGAUCAGCAUCCAUACCGGAACCUCCCCCGCUUUUCCUGCGCCGCGUACGCGUACAAGUGAUCUCUACCUAUGAGACAUUCGUCCCGCAACCUAACAACUCAGUGAACCGUCGAGUCGAACACAUCGACCACGCUCAACGAACGAUUACUUUGGUCGACAAGAAAUUCAACACCGGUGAAUGCCAGCCUCUUCUAGAUGGAAUCAAUCUGGCCGACAUUGCAGAGCUGCGGAUAUCGAAGACAGACGAGAGACUAAUUCCAAGCUUAUCGAGCUACGGAAUGGCUUUAGAACACGAGGUACAAGUCGAAGUCUGGGGCGAGUGCGUCAAGAACGAAUGGUCGGGGAUUGUCUGCAAGGACAAAGUUCAGUUGGUCUCAGGAUGGACUUUCAGUCACGUACCGGACGAUGAUGCGGGUUCUGUGCUGGGACAUUCUCUAGCAAGACCACCCCCACAAGCUUUUCCGCCCCCCGAGUAUGGCACAGUGUAAAACCAAAUGUGACGGUAGCCUGGGGUUUUCGUUUUAUUAUGGGCAGUGUUGGUAUUUCAAUUCAGCUACACUGUAUCUUAGUGGUGUCAAAAGCCUCUCAGUCCACUGUAGCAGUACUACAGAUGCAUAGAUGGCCGUAUCAAGUCUUUAAGAACUACAUCCAGGCCGAGUUAAAGGACUACUGUAAAAAAAAUGCGAGAAGAGUUGCAGUCACAUGAUGUACUCAUGCUCAACUUCCACAGCCUGAAGGCAGGGUACUGGCACCACGAGAGCAAACAAAACGGCCACUUAGGAUCAGGC